ACCGGCCGCUAUAAAAUUAAAAUCAAUGAUGCUGUGUGCUCGGGGCCGCUGGAAAACUGGGGGUGAAUCGAUCGAUCCGUGAAGUAAAACAUGGGCGACGAAUUGAGUGAAAGGUGAUCCAUGCAUGUUUGUUUAUUCUUGACGAUUUGUUACUUCACCCUCGUCACCUUUCAACUUUUGCGGCAUCUAAAAGAAAAAGUCCACACGUUACACGUACCUUUAUUGUUCUACUGAAAGAGUUCUGACCUUCUUACAUGUACAAAGCUUGCAGAGUAUACUUUCUGGUUGUGGUUGACAAGGAGACCCCAUAUAUCACAAGAUUCACGCUUACGCCAAUCUUCUGUGUCUCGCUCUGCCCUCCAAUAAACCCAUCAGUUCCAGAACUCCAACAAGCCAAAAACCCUUUAUAUCGACGAGGACCUUCUCCGGCUUUUGAUCUCUAGCUAUGAUAAUCCUUUGUGAUAUUCAUUAAUUCCUUUCUUUUUCUAGUUUUCAAUUUCAAUCCAGUCCUUACUAUUGCAGCUGGUAGCUGAUCUGAUCGGAUCGUUGUGUGGUUGAAACUUGAAAGCAUGAGAAACAAGGCAGCUGCAAGCAACGAGAGCAAGCUCAUCCGCUGCAUCAAGGCACCCCUUAGAAUUCUUCGCAAGGCCAGGGACUUCUAUGUCCGAAGCAUGAAUGAUUGUGCCAACCGAGUCAGUUAUGGUAGCGUCAUGGGUUGCCCUACAGGAACAAUCUCCACCCUGCCAAGGAGCUUCAGUGUGAACUCGUCCAGACCCAACGAAGACGACGACCUCCGUGAAUUGAUUCGGGUUGCCUCCAAGAGGAGCCUGGAGAAUAAGAUUGAGAUGGAGCUCCAGCAACAGCAGCAGAUGGCUGGAGGGGUACCCAGGAGUUUUAGCGUAGGAAUUGGGCGAAUCGAUGAAGAUAAGCCUUGUAAUUUCGACGAAGACUUCAAGGUGAAGACUCAUUUGUUGUAUCCAAGAAGCAGAAGCUAUGCUGUUACAAGGAGGCCUGGAGUCUUCGUUUAAUGGCUACUACAAAAUUUGAAUGUGCUAAAGACUCAAACAUCAGGUAAUUGAGGGACAGUUCCUUCUCCCUCUUCACUUCUUCUGUAUCUUUACCUUGUGAAGCUUUUUUUUUUCGGUAAAUCCAAAAGGGUGCUACGUUUCAUGGAACAGGGAUACUUCUUUGGUUGAGAUUUAUUUGCAGUUGAAUUAUUUGUUAAUUGAGGUGCUUUUUUUCUC